AUGCCGGCUGCUCUAGGUACCAUAGAGUUUUUCCGGAAACACCUAGAGCAGCCUGUGUGUGGCGGUGCGAUGAUGUCACUUCUGGGUGAUGUCAUUGCACACAUAAAAAAUGUCAUCUGCAAGAGGCAUUUGACAACCCUACGCUAUGAAGAAGAGACUCAGCUCAUGGAAUCCCUCCAAUGUAUCAAUGACUACAGAUCAUUUGUAUCCUGCACCUGGUCUGAGAGCCAAGAUGUAAAAAAGCUUGUCAAGAUGAACCUUUUCUAUAAGACUGAUCUAGACAUGCGCUUGAAACAGAUGACCAGUUGCUCCCCAAGUACAGACUCUCAAAGUUGGAACUGCUACAGAAACCAGUCCCUUUUUGAUGCUUCAGUAGCAGAUUACUACACUUUCAAACCAGAUCGGAAACUGGAAGUCCAACUGAAUGUCAGCCUCUUCGAUAAUGUCCAGCUUCCUCCACCAAAGGAUCUAGACAUCAGCCUCACAGAAGAAGGUGACUUCCUGUUAACAUGGAAUGCAGGUGGUGGAACAAAUGGAAGCCACUGGCUGGAUGAAGCUCUGGACUAUCAAGUUGUCUACAAAAGGGAAUGGGAACCCUGGGAGAGAUCUACUUCUGUGUUUGUCUCAAAUGUUUCACGCUGCCUUGUCCAUCAUGAUAAGCUGGUGUCUGGGAGUCCUUAUGUUGCUCGUGUGCGAAGCAAACCACACCAAGACAAUAAUCUUUCAGGUCAUUACAGUGAAUGGAGCUCUGCUGUGAACUGGACAACCAAGGAAGGUGACGAAGCUCAACCCAAGAGCCUUCGAUGUCUGUUUAAUGGCCUAGAUCGGCUAAACUGCAGCUGGGAGGUGAGGCGAGAGGACACUGGUUCUGUCAUGUUUGCGCUUUUCUACAAAAUCAGCCCAGAAUCUGUAGAGAUGCAAUGCUCUCCAGUUGAGGAAAAGGAAUUGCCGGGCACUCCUCAUGUCUUGCAAAGCUGUGAGAUCCAUGUCACCAGCCCCAAGCGGCUAAGCCAAUACCUUAUAACUGUGCGGCCCAAGGAAGAAGAGAAAAUGAUUGUACCAGUAACCAACAGUGAGCCUCUUUUUGAUGCUAUUGAGCAUGCUCACAACAGCAUCCCAAGAACUAGCACAGAGAUCCAUCUUCAGAACAUCAGUGAAAAUGUCUUGCAAUUCACCUUCAGCUAUCAGUCGCUGAAACCAGGAACCCGUUACAAGGCAAAGAUGCGAGCAAAAGCACAUAUGGGUGCCUAUAAUGGCCCAUGGAGUGAGUGCAGUAAAGAAUGUGAAUGGGUUACUGAAAGUGAAUUGCCUUUCUGGGGUUUUGCCCUUGCUGUGCCAGCCUGUAUCAUUUUGGCAAUGGUGGGACUCUUCUGCAGCAAAAGAUAUCUACUCAAAAAGAAAAGGGCAUGGGAGAAAAACAUUCCAAGACCUCCUAGUACAUUUCUGCUCCCAGGUUAUUUUAAGAAAGUACAGCUGCCAGACAGCUUUGAAGAAAUCAGUAAACAGAGCUCUUUAGAAGAGGAAGAGUUCAACAGCAGCAGCACAUUGGACAGGCCCAUACCAGUUACACAUUCAAACUCUCUUGGGACAGGGAGAACCAGGCCACUUUCAACUGUCUUUCAGGAUACAAAAAUAACAGGAUUUUCUGAAGCCAAAUGUGAUCAAAGUUUGAGUUCCACAAAACCAUACUUCACACUUGCCCGUAGUCACAAGGCAGAGCUGGGUCUAGCUCAGCAGAUGUUUGAUUUUAAUGGUCCAUACUUAAUGUCCCUUCAAGAGUCACCUUUGCCUGAUGUCCAGGAAGUUCUUACCCCUUUAGAAAUGAGGGAGACACCAGUGCCUCUGCAAUAUGUGGAACUGCCCCAUGGACCAUAUUUCCAAGUUUUUCCAGUGGGAAGAGGGAAAGGGACAAUCCCACCACUCUGCACUGCCCAUUCUGAGGGAGAGGGAAAGCUUCCACUUUCUGGAAGAAGGCAAGAAGUAUCUGAAGGCCAGUUGGCAAGUGGCAUAUUGGAAAAAGGUGGAAACAAAGGUCAGAGGCCACAAAGUCCUGCCAGCACUAACAACAACUCACAAAAGGGGAUAUUGGAUUAUUUUGCCCCUGAAGAUCUAUCAAGGAACACAGAGAUGGGCUCAUCACUUCUGUCACCCAGGGUGACCUUAAAGGAAGAGAUGCUCACCUGUGCAGCUAUAGAAGCAUCUGCCCCACAUCGGAACCAAACAACAGAUGGUCCCUCCAGCUCAGAGUUGUACCAGAAGAAAACAGGCAGUGUGCUCCCACCUGAAGACCAAGCCCCAGCUGUUCCUCCAGAAAUAUCCCAGGAUGUGUUUGGUGAAUAUUUUAAGACUUUUCCUGGUACCUUGGAAUCGAUGCCAAAGAAAAGACAUGCUUUAUCCACAAAUGACCCUGGGCAGAACAAGAACUUUCUUGUGUUCAAUCUUGAUGGCAAAAGCCCCAUUUUUUUAGGCCAGGUGGGUGAAUAUUGCUUCUUUCCUAGCACAAAGCCUCUCUGACAAACCCAAGAGGGAUACAUGGGGCACAGGCUUGCAGAAGACAGUCACUCACUCACAAAGCAACCCCAUGAAAGCAAAUUUGUUGUGAGUGAGCCACAGACCCUAUCUCAUAUCUGCCAAGU